AUGGUAGAUCACAUUUAGCUUACCCUUAUUAUUCACUUUUGGAUUCCUACUUCCUUGCUCCUUGUGGUGGGGAGUCUAUAACAAUAAAGAUCGUCUCGAUUACUGCUCUGUUAGAAAGACGUGGGGCUACUUAUAUAAUGA